AAGCUAGUUGAUUGUGUUAAGAAACGCACUUUAAUGAGCUGAAGUAACGUUACGCAGGAGUAUUGCAUCUUGAGAAAGCAUGCAUUUUUGACCAGGUCACACCGUCUUUUUGUUUGUAUUCUUACGAUUUACCCACAAUUUGACAAAGGGACUUUGCAUUUCUGUUGGAAUAUGUGGGUUAUCAGUUGUGUCAGGACUUGAGAUGGGAUUUUUUUAAAUAAGCAUUUUUUAAUAAGCAUAACGAUUUCUCGCAACAGUAUUACCCCAAAAUAACGUUUGGCACAGCAGCAUUUCAACAUUAGGCGCGCAUUUUUGUCCUUUUUGUGUUAAUAUCUGCACUAUUUUGUUGCUUUUUGACAACCAGAAAGCCUUCACAGUGGUAAAAAUUGCUGACAGCAUAACUAAUCAGAUAAAGUGCUGCGCGUAGUAGCCGAACGCACACGGACUUGCACAGGCGCACGGAAAACAACAGCAACACAGGUGCUGCUUCUCUAAACAAGGCGUGAGGCAAAAGGCGACUUAAAAUCAUGUCAGACGGUCCGAGACAACGGAGCAGCACAUCGGGGUCCGCUAAGGAUGCUGCCGGUGCGAAGGAGUCCGGAGGAGGAGGGGUUGCGCUCAAGAAGGAGAUUGGUCUCGUGAGCGCAUGUGGCAUCAUUGUUGGUAACAUCAUUGGCUCAGGUAUUUUCGUCAGUCCAAAAGGCGUCUUGGAGAAUGCCAGUUCUGUAGGUGUGGCUCUUAUCGUAUGGAUCAUCACUGGAGUCAUCACGGCCAUUGGAGCGCUGUGCUACGCUGAACUGGGUGUCACCAUCCCCAAAUCUGGAGGAGACUACUCUUAUGUAAAGGACAUCUUUGGUGGUCUGGCUGGAUUUUUACGUUUGUGGAUUGCUGUGCUGGUCAUUUACCCAACCAACCAGGCCGUGAUCGCGUUGACGUUCUCCAAUUAUGUUCUUCAGCCCCUGUUUCCCACGUGCUUCCCCCCAGAGAACGGCCUUCGUCUCCUGGCUGCGGUUUGUCUCUUGCUUUUGACAUGGGUGAACUGCGCCAGUGUGCGAUGGGCGACCAGGGUCCAGGAUAUCUUCACUGCAGGGAAACUUUUAGCCCUGAUCCUCAUCAUCAUCAUGGGCAUUGUGCAGAUCUGCAAAGGGGAAUACUAUUGGCUGGAGCCUGUCAAUGCUUUUGAGCCCUUCCAGGACUAUGAUGUUGGUUUGAUAGCGUUAUCGUUUUUACAAGGCUCGUUCGCCUAUGGAGGGUGGAACUUCCUCAACUAUGUAACAGAGGAGCUGGUGGAUCCAUAUGUGAAUCUUCCUCGUGCCAUCUUCAUCUCCAUCCCCCUGGUGACCUUCGUUUACGUUUUUGCGAACAUCGCCUAUGUCACAGCCAUGAGUCCACAAGAGCUCCUCGCCUCAAACGCUGUGGCAGUGACAUUUGGAGAGAAACUCCUUGGUGUCAUGGCUUGGAUUAUGCCCAUUUCUGUGGCUUUGUCUACCUUUGGAGGAGUCAAUGGAUCCCUCUUUACCUCUUCACGUUUGUUCUUUGCUGGAGCCAGAGAAGGCCACCUCCCCAGCCUUUUAGCCAUGAUUCAUGUAAAACGCUGCACUCCCAUCCCUGCUCUGCUUUUUACUUGUCUUUCUACUCUGUUGAUGCUGUGCACCAGUGACAUGUACACUCUUAUCAACUAUGUGGGCUUCAUCAACUACCUCUUUUAUGGUGUCACUGUUGCCGGGCAGAUUGUGUUGCGAUUUAAACAACCAGAUAUGCACCGACCAAUCAAGAUCAGCCUUAUUUGGCCUGUCAUUUACCUCAUCUUCUGGGCGUUCCUGCUCAUCUUCUCCUUGUACUCUGAGCCUGUGGUGUGUGGCAUCGGACUGGCCAUCAUGCUCACCGGAGUCCCCGUCUACUUCCUGGGAGUCUACUGGAAAAACAAGCCUCAGUGUUUUGACACCUUAGUUGACAAAAUGACAUACCUGGGCCAAAAGCUGUGUGUGGUGGUCUACCCAGCGGAAAGCAGUGACAGUGGUGCAGAUGAAGGACAGGAGAUGACAGAGGCCAAAUCUCCUCUGUCAAAAGAGGAUGGAGACAAUCUUAAAGCAGACUCCUAAAAAGUGUCAUUAUUUUAUCAAGUCAAACUGCUCAAAUUCUGGGCACACACAGAGAACACAGCACAGGUUUCUGUAAGGAAGAUUUGGUGUGGAUUUUACAGCAAUCAUUUCUAUGCUGAAUAUGACAAAGAAAUAAACAAUCCCGUUUUUCAGGGAUACUUCAGAGGUGCAAUAAAUACCUUGAUACAUGUGUCUUACAUUUGCUAAAUAUCAGUCGCUUUGUCCCUUCUAAAGCCACACACUCUCUGUACACUCCAACAGCAUUUUUUUUUAGUUUUUAAACUGUAAUUUUGAUACUUUUUGUCUCACACAAAAACCGUUUAUUUUUUCAGCAAUCAUUUCUCAAAUCAAAUAAUUUCAUAUUGUAAUCCGAGUACAGUGUUGUAAAGGCUACUGUGAUUCCACUUUUUUUUUUUUUAAAAUUGUAAUAAUUUUGUAUACCUUUUGUUGUGUUAGUUAGUUUUGAUAAGUUAAUUGUAGUUUUGUUACUAUAUUUUUUCUAUACAGUAGCAAAUAUCUCUGGGUCUGCUGCAAACUUUUGCAAAGUGUGCAUGUUUUGCCUUAAUUAGAUUAUCUAAGGACACUACACUUAGCUUUUAAUUUAAUUUCUGUGCCUCUUUUGAACUCCAACAUUAACAUAUGUACAACUAAUGGGCAACUGCAUUCUUUAUCUUUCAUAUUUUUAGCUUAACAUCUUGCUCUCCUUGAAUGAUUUUGUAAUUUUCUUGUGUGUCAUGUUAUAUUUUAGUGCAAUAUGGGUAAAGACACAAGCAAGAAAUGAAAUGAUUUGAAUUGUCUGCCAGUACUUAUGUCUGUGUAGAUGAAAACUUUACUCCAGUAUGUAGUAUGUCCCAGUAUAAUGUUGGUGUCUCAGGGCAUUACCACUAUUUCCCGGAUCACACUGCCAUAAACUACACAGUGUAAGUUUUAAAAAGCCUGAGCAGCCAGACUAGCUUUAUUCUGCCCCAGGGGUGCCCAAAGUGGCCCUCUACAGGGUCUAAUUUUUAUCCAGUGAGGAGGUGUUGAGUUUUGAAUUUGGAUAAAAUUUAGAUAAAAGAGGCGAUACCAGUUUAUUCACUAAAAUGCACAAUAGACAUUUACCCACAUGUUUUACAUGAAAAAUAUUAGUAGAUUUAACCCCUGGCCUUUUAAUACAUGUUGUUGUAUUGUGGCCUGCUGAGUGAAAAGUUUGGGCACCCCUGUUCUACCCAUAUACAGAAUGUAGAUGUGGCUCAUUGGCCAUGCUGUGAUCUUCUUUAACUUAAUAUCCUUAUAGGUGCUUUUAGAUUUGUAUUCCUCAGGAACUCCUCAGUUUAAGCUGUCCCCAUUCCCGCAUGAAUGAAUGAAGGUCAGAAUGUAUUGGGGAACAGAGUGUCUGGGUCUGGAGUCCAAUGUGUGUUUUGGUGUGAAGCGUUUAACAGAAAACACACGUUGUAUGUUGGCUUAAGACAAAAACCACUGAAAAAUGUAUUUUAAUUUGAGUCACCAGGUCUUGUUUUUAAAGCAUUGUAAACCAUAUUUUUUCACUGUGUGGAAUAUAAUAAAGCUACUGUAUAAAUGUU